AUGCUGAUCGACAUCGGCCCGAACAAUUUCCGCCGCCGCACGCACGAUCUCCAUCCUCGCGUCUGCCUCUUUCGCUACUUCGAGAAGACGCCUCACAAUCUGCAGGGACGUAUUUCCACCGGACGUGGCGUUUGCGGCCGUGCUCGGACCAUUGAACGUGUUCGCCAGGCGCGCCCGUAGGGCGAGGGAUGCGAUAACCUCGUCCCGAGCGUUGACCGGGAAGAGACACAGUAGUCGUUGGCGCCCGUCUCCAAAGCCCCCCUCGCUGCUGACCACCCGCGCUUGGCUCCCAUCAGCGCUCGCGAUGCUCUCGAACAUCUGGCGCACGGCCUUCCGCCCGCUCCUACGCUCAAGUUCUUGGUCACCAUCCUUUGCGCGCUCAGCUGAGAGCCAGUCGAACACAUCCUCCCAGUAAAGGAUGUCCCCGCGAGCUACGGCUUUAAUCACCAACGCGCGCACCCGGCUGAACGGCUUCUCCGGCGCCGGUUCAUCGGCUUCAGGUCGGCCCGAGUUGCUCGAUGCCGCAACCUUUUAUUGAGUAGCUUCUCCGAUGGCCCGGAUUCGAGCUUGAUUGCAGGCCUGGCAGUACCAAGCUUGUGUGCGUCCUGAUCCACCACCCUCCGUUAUGUUAUCGUCCACGACGUCCACACUGUACCACCUCUUCUGGUCCUUCACAGGGUACCCUCUCUUGCACACGCAACAUGUUCGGAGCUCCGGCUUUGCUUCCCUCUCGAGAAGAAAACCGUAGAAACAAUCUCGGCGUUGGCAAAUGCAGUCGUUGCUGGGACAAAAUCCUCGCACGAGAGGUGGAGGCAGCUCCCCCUCUCCUUGGUACUCGGCCAAAAACAACCGUGUCGCUCGUUCAAGCCGUGGCCCUCUGAAUUGCGUGAAGCCAGCUAAGCCCUCCGACCUAUGGCAUGCGGAGCAUAGCUUGUCACUGACGGCGUGCACUACGCCUGAGGGGCACAUGCUGCAUUCGAGACCCGGGUUGUUUGUGAACCAACCGCACUCCGCACGCCUACAAGGUUUCUUGCGUGUUUUUUUCUCGGCUCCGAUCUGAGUAUUCCUAACUCCAGGAUCAGACUGUCUUCGCGCUGCACUCCGCUUGACGGAGCGAGAGCCAGCUGUUCCAAGGUUUCCACCGCAACUUCGACGCCGGAAUUCAACUGUCCACUUGCCUCCAGACUUCAACUUCUCACGUUCAGCUUCGGCAAUCUCUCGCUCUCUG